CACCCGUGCUCUUCAUUUGUCCAAACACUCGCUGGACAAUCGGAUAUCCUAUGCCCUGCAUGGAAGCACUAGACAGUCUCGCUCAAGUGGCCAGUACUCGAAAUCAGCAGGCAGCGCAUCCAUUCGAGCAACAGCGUGUGCCCGGCUCGCUCGACUUCACUCGGUCCUUCGCCUCCGACGUCAACUUCUUCGACCCGGAGGACACAGUCGCCACACUCAAACCGAAUCAUCUCGCCUCGUUCCUACAGAUGGACGGCUCGGCUCCGCGCACGAUUGUCAACAUGGCGGGGUACGGACACACGUUGCCGAGUGCAGCCACUCUGCUCCACGGUACGGGAGUGCCGCAGCUCAAUUCAGCGCCCACGGACUGGCUUCCUGACGCUUCGAUCUUCGCGCCGCGCAAUCACUUGGCCCCUCCUCAUUUACCGGCUACGUGGUCGUCGUCGACGGACUACGCCGUUCCAACGUUGUCGUACACGGGAGAGAGUCCCAACUAUCAGACGGCUCAGCAACUUGUGACUUCCUGUGCGAACGCGCAGAGCGCGGGAUAUAUUCAUCAGAUGCUGCAGCAGCAGCAGCAGCAUCCUGUUCAGGCUGGUCAGUAUCCCUACUGGUCGGCGAUACCGAACGGUGGGAGUCGACCCGAUUUGUCGACGCUUGCAAUCGAGGAUGCGAGGAAACGCCUGCUGCUCGGUCAGAAUGGAGUGUCUGUGCCUUCAAUUGGGACGAACAUCACAUCAAUGCCUGUCACAUCGCAUCAUGCCUUGAUAGCUCAGCAUAGAAGCUCCCCGAAAAUGCGAGUGAAGAGGACAGGAGGUCCGAGAUCGACUCCACCACCUGUGUCCGAAAGACCGUUCGGAUGUCCAGUCGACAACUGUGACAAGAGAUUCUCUCGAUCUGACGAGCUGACGCGCCACAUGCGCACUCACACCGGCCAGAAACCGUUUCAGUGUCAGAUCUGCAUGAGGUGCUUCUCCCGCUCUGACCAUCUCACAUCUCACAUCAGGACUCACACAGGCGAAAAGCCCUACCCGUGUGAAACGUGUGGACGAAAGUUCGCGCGGUCGGACGAAAGAAAACGCCACCACAAGAUACACGAACGAGAAGCAGCGAAGAAAGCUGCUGCAGGUGCGGCAGCCGAUCCACAGCAGUCGUUAACACCAGAGAUGAAGACACCUUCCUAAUCAGUAUCAAUUCCUAGAGAGAGAGAGAGGUAUAAUUAAGUUUUAAACAUUUUUCGUUGACAAAGCACUAACAUCAGGGAUGUGUGAGCUACAAAGUUUCUCUACAUGAAGAAUAGUGUCCAGUUUGGUUGUUCAGCAGCCUCGAAUAUUUUUUUGCUGUACAUUUUCAUGUGAUUGCAUUGCACUGUAAUAUCUCUCUGGCUCGAGAAGCUUGGAACACACUAUGGAUUGCACGGAUUUUUCUAAUAUCCUACAUUGCUAAGUGAACAGACAUGUCAUAACGAUUUAUUUUCCUAUGUAUCAUUAUAUCAUUGUUAAUGGAAUAAGCCAAGUUUUUGAAACAGAGUUAGAAACAUGCA